AUGCCGAGAUGGAUGGGGGAUGUUGAGUCUGAGUCGGGUGUGACCAACCAGUCUUCGGAUGGAUCAAGUGAAAACAUAUUCGACGGCUACAGCUCAGACAGUUAUGGAUCCGAAGUGGUAAUGCACUAUUCAAGCCCGAGACCGUGUUGCCAACAAGAAGAAGUUGAACCAGAAGAGGAUUCCGAAGAGGAUCUGGAAGAAGUCCAAGUUCCCAAUGAUCAGAUGCCAGAACCGGAAGUUAUCGUUAUUCCGGAUUCACCAGAGCCUCCAAUUGUCCCUAUAGUUCCACAUUUUUCUGAAGUCAUUAUAAUCUCGUCAGAUAGCGAAGAAGGAGAAAGUCCCAUACGGAUGCCGUUUGUUUCCCAAGUGUUACAGUCCCAGACGUCAACUCCGGAGCAAGUGGUACCAGAGAUUACUUCACCACCAAGUGUGGAUACUUACCCACACAGCACCGAGUAA